AUGGUCUCGUUAUCCAUGUCUGUCCAGACCUCCUUGUCUCCGGUGUCGAGCCUACACAAGUUGCUCAAGUCAAACUUGUCAAUCCCACCCCCACCCGCGUCCUCACUGCCUACACAUAGAUCACCAGUUGAGCGUUUGCCAGCGUUCAUCAUCCAGGAUAUUGCGCGUCAAUCUGAUCUCAGAGAUGUCCUGAGCCUCAGUUCAUGUUCGCGUCGUUUGUCAAAAAUCCUCGGCCCUGUCCUAUACGCAAAUGUCGAACUCAAGACAAACAAGCAUUGCAAAACGGCGCUAAUCGCUUUGGCCAAACGCCCAGACCUAACACAACAUAUUCGGCGGCUUGUUGUUCGUCCCAACUGCGUUGAAUGGACAGACUCGGGAGAUGAGAUGGACGAGGAUCUUCUGGCUACUCUUAUUGCUCGUAUGGCACCCCGCCUACAAGCGCUGGAGGCGUUUGAAUGGGAUGGGUUGGAGAUGCCAGGCCCAGAGCUAUGGGACAGUUUGAGGACGUCCUGCCACAAUCUAAAAAGAAUUGGCACAACUAUCGGAGAGAAUUCCUUGGAUAGCUCUAGCCCGCUUUGGGAUUUCGAUGACCUCCGCCAAUUUUCAAUCAAAGCAAAAUGCCAGUCCUUGGAUUGGCUUGUGGAUGGCCCCCCCAAGGUCGAAAAGCUUCCAAGGCGAUUCUGGGCAAUGAUCUUGGAACGGAGUCCCAGACUUGAAGAACUGACCAUUGGAGGUCCUGCUCCUUCACCUCGAAUGUUCGAUAUCCGACAUGUAACCUUGGGGCGCUGGACGCGUCUGAAGACCCUCGUCCUUGGCGACACAUUGAUGAUCGCCUCUCACGCGGGUGAAGAUCAGGCGCGAAAAGAUCAUGCGGCGUUUAUGGCAUUCUUCAUAGCUCAUCCAGGACUACGACAUAUUAGCUUACAGCACGCCGGUGGGAGCGCGUUUUUUCCUGGAGCCUUUGUACUUCCAUCGUCUGCGUUGCCGAAUGUGGAUACAUUCGGCGGACCAUUGAAGUUUGUGAAGACUUUACCCUUUCCGCAGCGAUUGCGCCAUUUGAAACUCACAUCAUUGCACCAUACUGCCUCGAGUUUUCCACCGACAUUCGCGUUUCUCCAGGAAUUACGAUGGCUCGAAUCACUCAGCAUAUGGAUUGACUUGUCGUUCGGAAGCCAUGGCUCUUUAAUGUCUGGUGGGAGAACAAGUGGAGAAAGCCUUCGUGGUCACAAAUUCGACGAUCUUACCGUCCUGAAUAACCUUGUCUACUGUAGGCCUGGAUUAAGGCACCUAGAAGUCGCUUGUUUUUCACGACCGACUUUCAAUAUCCGGGACUUUUCGGCGAUCGUCCAACGUUCACCGAGCCUUGAAUCAUUCGUUCUUACCAAAGUUCACAAGUCCAGUGAUGAAGAUAUCACCAGGAGCGCAGCAAGGAUUGCUAAAGAGAACCCUCACUUGACUAGCUUUACUCUAAGGACAACAUACGAUUCAUGGCUAUCCCCUGGUCUUGGAAGGGUGAAGCAACUAGGGAUCUACGAAAUCCUCGAAUCGUUCGACAUGCUUUCCGUUUCAUCUGAUGGAAGCGAGGAUAAAUAUUACAACAGCGAGACCAAACUGGUAUCGACACCGGAAUCAGAAGCGCCCUUGGCCACAGCGCUUCUUGUUUGCGAAUGGGGACAGAAGAAAAAGGCAGGAAAGGAACAGACUAAAUACCUCGUACAUCCUCUUUCAAGUCUGCUUCCGCUUAGCGCCAAAGACCGGCGAUCAUCUUCGUCUUCUCUGACCAGCUCAUUCACUUCUCCAUUAUCUUCCCCGACUGGCAAUUCCUUUCCGCCAUCGAGUUGGCAAAUGCAAGUGCAAAACAUCGGACUUUCAAUUGGCGGGAAGAGGCAUUCGAGGUCACAGUCUGGUUCGAUAAAUCGUGGAUCGGGCUCCGAAUUGUCUCCCUCCAAUUCGAUCAAAUCGCACUCUUCGUCGAAUAGCCAGACAUCGACGAAGGUACAAAAUUGGCGACCCCGACGGGCUUCAUGCUCUGCUGUGGUGGGAGCCACAGCGGGUGUCUGGGAUUAUGCCGUUGUUAACGGAGGACCAGCACAUAGGAUCAGGGGUGGUGGUGAGGCAGCAGGCGUCGCGUCAUCACGGUCUUCAUUUUGCUCUAGCCGAUCUGGCGGCGGUCCCAUAUCUCUGCACGGACAUGUAUACACACAUGCCUACGAACACGCACAGCCGAAGAGUCAACCUGUCUCACAUAACGACAUGCAAGUGACGUGGGCACAGUCUGUAAACGACAAGUCCCAGUACAAGCAGAAUGAAAAUGUCAAUCACUCAAGCGGUCCGGGCACUGAGCUUUCAACGAGCAAAGGUCACUGUUCGAAACCCGAAUCGGGCGCGAGACGCAAUUCGAUUUCAAAAGGGAUUCUGCAGUGCAGGUGCUCCAUUUUACGGAAAGUCAAAGGACUCAAAACUCACGGAAAUGAACAGAUCGACGAGGGGUAUGUUCUAGUUUGA